AUGCAAUUCAAAGCAAUUGUUUCACUCGGCUUAUUUGCCCUGCACGUUAGCGCUAGACCUUAUUGUAAGGUCGAACUAAAGGGCAAAAAUAAUUUUCAAUGGUCUAGACUACAACCCGCAGUAUAUGUUCUGCCUGGCCGGCACGGCAGGGUUCACACCGCAUCCUAUACGGUUAAUUUUGAAACGAGCCCCGACUGCAAGGUUAUUGAAAGUCAAACGCUUACAGGGACGAUUGAUUACGAAGAGUGGAAACUUGAUAUUUCUAUGGUAGAUGCAUAA